CGCUCGCAUACGCCCAUUUGCAUGUGUUUGUUGGGGCCGCUAAGUCCGGCGGUCGAGUCAAAAGAGUCGAGAGGAAGUCGCAAGCGAGUGACGCUGUUUCGUCACCGAUGCCGUUCGCGUUGUCGUAAUGCGGAGCCGAACGUUACUGCUCCGGCAUUAGACGGACGCGACUGCCGCUUCUCGUGUUCUUUUUGGCCCCCGUUGUUGUUGCUGGCGCGGCUGACGGUGCCGUUGUUAUUGUGUUGUAUUGUGUUUUGUUGUUGCGCUAGUUGUUUUUGGCUGUGGCGCUUUAGUCUCCUGGAUGCGGUUCGGUGGCUGAACGCUCAACGCUGGACGGGCGACACCUGACGCUAACGCGGACUGACUUUGUGUUGGCUUUUGGCUCUCUUCGCGCGCGUUGUCGUUGUCGUCGCCGUCGCUUUGGCCGCUGUCGUUCCCAUUCACGUCCGCGUCACACUUGCUUUUGGUGGUCGCCGAAUUGCGCUGCCGUUUGCGUUUUGAACGCAGUUCAAUCGUUGCGUCCGCCUUGUGGACUUGUCCCGCGUUCUUGCCGCGUCAGUCCGCCAUUUGUUAGGAGAGUCGGACGACAUUAUCGUUUUUGUCACCAGCCAACCAAAUUGCAGACAAUCCUCGGCAACUGAUUUUUUUUCCUGUAGUGUCCCCCUACUGUCACUUGUAAAGAACUCCUGAUCCCAUUUGUGCGAGCGUUCACAGUUGACUAUAAUUCAUCGUCGAUUUCAACAUGCAACAUGUCGCAUCCGCCUCCUGAUGAUCCGUGCCCCUAAGUUCGGGUGACAUCCUCCGACGACGGUGCAUCAGCCCCUCCCGCUGCCGGUCGAGGACGAGGACGAAACAGGAGACUGCCACUGUGCGGUGUCACUGUAUUGCUGUCGCCAUAUCCCGGCAUUGCUGUUGUCUUCUUCUUCGUCCCGUUGUUGUCGUCUUGGUCGCCUUUUUGUCGCUGCUACCGCCUCCCUGUUGCAUCGUCGCCCGUUCCCAUCGUUGUCCAGCUCGGAUUCGGGCCUGCCGCACAACGCCUUGAUCCGGUUCCCAUUCUGUCGCGAAGUGUCAUUGGUCGAGAGACGCUCCCAGCUCCGUGCGACUCAGUAAAGCACCCAAAGACACACAGCCAGGCAUCCGGUCGCAGUAGCAGCCAUUCGUCGAAAUUGAUACCGAGAUUGCAGCCUCAUUUUUUACUACUCUUGGUCUUUUUUUCGCUCGUCCCUCCAGCCUGAAAUAUUCAAAGGAUCACCCGACCAUCUCGACGCUCUGACCAGAUCUUUACACCUGGGCGGUGUGAGUUUGCUUUAUGCCUGUCGCGUAGAGUACCAAGGACGAGAACAUUAAACGCGAGACCUGGUCGCAGGAAGAGACAUCCCGGACAACGUGUAGUACACAUUCAGGAGUUGCGGUCAACAAUUUUUUUAUGUCGCGCCGCGACCGGAUUGACCCGAUUCCACUCAACGACGAGCAAUUAGUGCAAGGAUUUCGGGUGUUUUGUGUGCGUUUUUUUUUUUGUCUUUCUGUUCGAGCCGCGCCAAAUGAAAUUAUUACUGCCGCUCGGGUGAAAAUUUCGGCAACGGAAAAACAACAAAGCAAUCACGGAAAGGAUGUUCUGGUGUUUCCUUCGCACAUUCAAAUUAGAUGAGGAUUUGAAAAGGAUAACAGAGUUUAUGGUUUUUGUCGCGUUGUUUGUGCGAAUUGGUAUGUUCGUGGCUUUACGAAAUGUGCGCACAAUGUGGGCGAAUUUGUAUGACAAUUUUUUUCCCAUUGAAAAUGUUACGGAAAUGAAUGUUAAAUUCUAAUGAAAAUUGAAAUUAUCUUUGAAAACGAAUUGAUGAUCUUGAAAAAUGAUUAAGAAAUGCUCAGUGAAAGUGGUCCUAAGAUAAGCGAAUGAUAAAAGGAUACAACGAGAUAAAACUGAGGGAUUUAUUGCGAGAAAGAUCCAAAAACAAUCAUACGACGAUCAGUUCAUUCUAAAAAUGCUGUACAAAGACUCACCAAAAUCAAACAAAUACAAAUCCAUACUAAAUGAAUAUCCAUCAAAGCAACAAUAAAUUGGACAAAUAUUCCAAAUCAAUCGACGACCACGGCAACGGUCGUAAAUCGGGGAUACAUAGUAAAUCCUCCAGCUUAUCACUGGAUUCGGAAAAGACCGACUACAAUCUCAACAACCUUAGCCACUACGCUAGUGCCCUGAAAUCGUCCCAAAUGGUGAUGUCGCCAAGUAGACGUCCAUCACCACCACGUGCUGCUACACAUCCAAUGAAUAUGCACUUAAGUUCCUUGGCACAUGCCCAGAUGCAACUGCAAUCGCAAAUGCAUCAAAAACUGACCGCCGGCCUACCUCCUCCGAAUCAUAUCAGCUCCUAUUUUCGGAAUCCACCGUCGCCAUGCGGUGCAAGUGGUAACGGAUCAACUAAUGGUCCUUCGAUUAGUUCGGCAACAACAUCAUCGAAUAGUCUAACACAUCAGAGUAAUCCUCUGAAUCAUUUACAAAAUAUGCAGCCUUUCGAUUUUCGAAAAAUUAGUACUGCUGCCUUGAGCUCCUUUCCCCCCGUGAUGGGAGCGACUCGAAUGAGUCCUGAUUUGGCGCAACAUCAUCUACAGCAACACGCUUUAGCGCAGGCAAGAAGAAGGAUGGCGGAGACUUCGUCAGCUUCAAAUGCUGAAAAGAAUGCUCAUCACAGUCUCUUCAGCAUGGCAAUGUCAGGACAUCAUCUUCCUUUUCCACUGCCUCCACCUCCACCACCUCAAGGAUCACUAACAAGCAGUCAAGUUGCUGCCAUGGCUGCUGCAGCUGCAUCGGGAAAUCACCUCCUAUCUUCACCCUUUCCCGGCAUGAACCCGGCUAGCAUGCACAGAGGCCUAUCGCCGUCGGUGUCCUCCGAUCUCAGCAAAGAUUCAGGCUCAAAAUACAAUACCGAAGAGAAAAUAUCCUCAUCGAAUGCAUUAAACUUAAGUCGUGAUUCAAAUAGUACUAGUAAAAGUAGUCCACAUAGUAUACACCAAAGCCAAUCAUCUAUGUCACGCCUAGGAUCAACGAAUACAACAUCUUCGCCUUCGUCAAUGUCAUCGGUUUCAUCACUGCAAAGUCUUCGAAAGACCCAUUCACCAGGUAAACGGCAAUGGGGCUCGCUUCCGGUUAACUUAGGGACUCAAUUCAUCAAUCCAGUAACAGGAAAGAAGCGGGUUCAGUGUAACGUUUGCCUGAAGACAUUCUGUGAUAAGGGAGCGCUCAAGAUACACUUUUCGGCCGUCCAUUUACGAGAGAUGCAUAAAUGUACAGUCGAAGGAUGUAGUAUGAUGUUCAGCUCAAGACGUUCCCGCAAUCGACAUAGCGCCAAUCCAAAUCCGAAGCUACAUUCGCCUCAUCUUAGGAGAAAAAUCUCUCCGCAUGACGGAAGAAGUGCGCAGCCACAUCCUCUGUUGCUUCAACAUCCCAUGGCAGGAGCACUGAAUCCACUGAAUCCGUUUGGGUCCUUCCCACUGCUCACACCUCCUCCAGACAUGCGCCACCAUCCAAUUCCUGGUAUCGACUUAAAACAUGGACAACAUGGUUUCCUACCUCUUUCCUCACAUAUGGAUGAGACUAGUCGCAUGCUCAAAUAUGAAGAUCAUCACAUGCAACAGGAUGACGACGAUGAUGAUGAUGAUCCAGAUGGAAUUGUGGUUGUUGGCGAAGAAACCGAUAAUAUUUUUGAUAAGUCCAUCUCUGAUGAUUACAAUACGGAAAGCGAGGACCAACCAGCAGAUUUUAGCUUAUCAAAGCCGAGGAAACCAUCAAUCGGAUUAUCCGAUUUUGACGAUAAUCAUAGUAAUGCUGAGAGUAAUGAGGAUUCGUUAAGUAUCGCUGAUUCGUACAGCGUGAAAGAAGAGCAAGAGGUAGCUCCGCCGUCAAGCAAGCGUAAACGAAAGAACCAAAAUCCAACUCGUUGCACCGUUCAGUCCAUAAGUCAUUCUGCUGAGAAUUCAUCUGAUGAGUUCGAUGUGGCCGACCUAUCGCUUAAGCCUUCUAGACUGCAGGAAGCAAACAGCAACAGCAAGAGUGAGCGAGCUGAAGACCUUACAGUCAGGCAUCAACGAACUGACUUAGUAGCGAAUUUAUCUAGUAAAGAAGAUACGUCUAAUGAGACUCCGAAAGUUCUACCAUCACCACCCCUUACGCCUUCAUUGGAUCGACCACCAAGGAUAAAAUCAGAACCACGAGAUGAGGAAGAUAUGAAUGAGAAAGAGCGGGAUGGCAAAGAAUUGUCGAAGGAGCAGUCUGAAUCAGUGUUUCACUCUAAAAUCAAAGAGGAACCAGAAGAUACUGCUGGAGUUGGUGAGGAUCAUGAAAUUGGUGAAUCGAGUGAACGUGACAAUGAAAUCAAUGAUGAGCCCGAGAAUCUUACAUUGGAUCUAUCGCAAAAACGCGAGCAGUCUCCGAGACCACGAUCACAGAGCGGACAUUCUCCAAAUAAAAAGUUUAUUUUGAAUGAUAUGGUCAAUAAAAAGCUUGCGAAGGAUAAUUGUUUCAGCAUGGAUCAUUCUCCAAGGAAUGACAGUGAUGAUUGCGAAGAAUCACAUGAAGAGCAUGCCCCGAAGCAAAUGAAAAACGGCAGCAACUAUUCACAAGAAAGGACUGAAAGACAUCGGUCUGAUGAUAUUACUGAUCCUAGGCAGGACAACACGGAUCAUCUCUUGGACAAUAACAAUCAAAUUAAGGUUUGCAAGAAGGAAUUAUCUGGAAAGGUAUCUUCUCCUGAAGGAUCGGCCAAAUAUCAGCAGAACUGUGAAGAUCUUUGCAAUAAAAAUGAUUGCCAGAUGAACGAUCCGCUGGGCAGACUAGAGCAAUUAUCGCAUAGAAACCUUGGAGAUAUUAUGACGCCAAGUACUGGACUUGAGAACCUACCCAAGGAUCGUAUUGAAAAUUCAAAGCACAGGGGUGGAAACGAUUCGGCAGCUGAAAACCUGUCCCGAACCAAUGCUCACACUCCUGAUGAAAUUUGUCAUGAAUCUGAAGAGCUUAGUGAUGACAAUUUCGAAAAUGGAGAGGAUUAUGGCGAUCUUGUGCCUAUUGACAAGGACAAUCCUAGAAAAUGUACCGCCUGUGGUAAGGUCUUCCUGAAUCACUUCGGGGUGAAAAGUCAUUAUCAAAAUGUACACUUGAAAUUGCUGCAUAAAUGCAACAUAGAUGGCUGCAAUGCUGCAUUCCCGUCUAAGAGGAGCCGUGAUCGGCAUAGCUCGAAUUUGAAUUUGCAUAGAAAGCUACUAUCGACAGGUUCGGAGGAUAAUUUUGACGAGCCGCAAUCUGGAAAUAACACGAAGCCUUUUGGAGGACUACCAGGAUCCAUUCAUGCAGAAUUUCUGGCAAGAUUAUAUGCAGGCUCGCAGCGAAUGCCGCCGAUAAGUUUCGAAGCGUUGAAAAAUAGCUUUCCCGGUGCUCAGGGUCUAGGAGAUGGGUUCCUUGGGGGUGGAGAUCAACGUUUUUUCGCAGGGAUAAACCCGCCACCGAAUCCUUUACUGUUCCCAGGACUUGGAGGAAUUGGCGCGUUUCCGUUUGCCCCGCAUCUGCUACCCAAUCCAUUCAAUGGAUUGAAUCCUUUCUGUCGCCGACCAUCAACUGAUUCUAAUUCACCCAUGUCAGCCUGUUCGCCACCUCGGCCUCCCUCCUCUGGUGAAAGGCCUACUGGAUCAACUUUGCCAUCACGUAACCGAAUACCUUCGCCUCUGUCGCAGCACAAUUCGGAUGAUGGUCGCACCAGUCCUUCAAUCGCUGAGGAUCUGCAUAAGCCCCGCUUCACCCCUGAUCGGGUGUCAUGACACUGUGCCUCACCGAACCUAGGACUGAUGUACUCCUCUUCCAGGUACUUAUCGCAGUAAGGGUGCCAGCGCCUGGCACUUUAGAUCCAAUCGGAUUUGUGAUUCGAUCAGUGAUAUUCUAAUCAGUACUAUUAUGAUCAGCGUAGAGACGGGAUGAGUCAAAAUAUAUAAAUGUAUCAAUGCUGCUUUGGAAUGAUUUUAGUCCUUUGAUAUGAAGUAGCUCAUAGAGUGUUAAGUGGAAUUUAGUCUAUUUAUCAUGGUAGCAUGUAUAGAAUCAAGUGCAAUAUAGUACGAUUAACGUUUUAAGAGUUCUGGUAAAAGUAAAGUUAUUGAUUUGUGGAUGUUCUGUUUCUGUAAAUACUUGGCUUCGUAGCUUCUAAGAUCGUUUUAGGAUCACGAAAUUUGCCCAAAUAGCGAAACUUUUGGAAUUGCCAAAUGUUGCGUCAUCGCUGGGCUGGUUUAGAUACUCAGACGCUUACCUAAAAGAUGAUCUUGCAACUUUUUUCCUUAAAAAACAUAUUUUCAAAGAGCCAACGAUUACCGCAUGGACUAUGUAAGAAAAUAUUUUUAAAAGCUCAUUUCGACAUUCAUCUGCAACGACAAAUAGCAAGUUGUAAUUCCGCGAUUCCGUAGCUAUUGCGGCGCGUUUCCAGAAAAUAUCAUGGUCACCUCGAUCACGAUUUUCUCCGGUGGCUUUUGUUAUCGCAACGAUGUCGUCGUCCACUAUGUGGCACGAUCACUGAAAUCCAAUGAAAUGCUCCUUAGACAUGGGAACCAUGAUCUUAGUGGCACUAUCUUGAAGAAGAAAAAAAUGCUUUAAACUCUAUGUCAGCUUAUCUCCAUGGAGCGAUCUUGCACAGUUUGACCCUUGCAUAUCUAGACACCGGCUGUGACGCGGAAUCAGACCGUGGCUCUUAUGCAAGACCCCCAAAAGUCAAAUUGUUUAAUUUCAAACAGUUUUGCAGAAAAUUCAAUUUCAAAGAUGCACAAAAAACGUUGGUCAUCAAGAGUAACAGUUUGACAAGAUUAAGUUGGAGUCAGGAAAAAAACGCAAUGUUACUACGUCGUUCUACUAUCGAUUAACCCCUGAAUUGGGUCCAGUGAGGAAAGUUCACUUAGUUCAGCUUGAAACAUUUCACGGAUCAUUGAGACCAUAAUCCGAAUCGAGAGCUUCUGAUUUCAGUCAAAUUUCCCGCAUCUUUAGCAAGGACUGACCCAGGCCAUUUUCUCCUGAAGUUUGGGCCAGAAAGACAUAGGCUGCCCACAGUCUCUUGCAGCUAACAAAGGCCAUCAGUAGCUUCAGUCAUAACGAAUGUGACCGUGUUCCCAGGGUUAAACGACGUGAUCAUGCUGUGAACUAAACUAACUACUCAAAGAUAGAAGAGUGAUUUUCAAUUUUUAGCCCAAAAAACAUGAUCACUGGACACAACGCGCAAACGCUUAAAUCUAAAAAUUUCAGUAACGCUCAAUCGUUUUAUGCAAUCGACGAUCUCCGAUCACAAAAAAAAAUUUAUAUAUGACGCUAUCUUGCGCUACUCAAUAAGGUUAGAUAGUUUUUUCCUCGGUAUCUUUUCUGCUGCCAACAAAAAGAUAUAUUUUCAGUAAAAGUGUUUGACGAAUGCGAACGGCCUUCAUGCCUACUGACCGUUUAUGGACAAACCCCAUUUUGUUUUCUUAGAUAAAAUUGUUGCGUUUUUUUCGCUACGUGCUCCUCGUCUUCUUCUGCAAAGCAACAAACACUUGCACAUUUUGAAUAUAAAUAAAACUGACACGAAUUUGUAUCAUUUAGAAAAGUCCUUCGAUCUUUCUUCUACUUCCAAAGUGGAUAAAUGCGCGUGAAAUUGGUUGCACGUUUUCAUUUUCAUGGAAUGUAUCUAUAGAUAAAAUUGAAAAGAAUUGUUCAACGAAAAUAAUGCACUCAAUUUGGUUUGUGAUGUGAAGCAAUUCAAUGGAAACGUUCAGGAAUUAAACUGUUUACACGAAAACUUAAUUGAUUUUUAUCUUUGUUGCAAUCUUUUUAGAGUGAGUGGUCCAUUUGCGCGAUUACAUCAAUCAUAUCAAUUUGUAAAACAUCAAAAUCUAUAAAAUAGUAAGCAAAAAAAGUAACUUAAAAUCGAUAAGAUAAUGAUCAAAAGGACAUUGAAAUCAAGUUAGAUUUUUUUAAAAAUAUCCAAAAAAGCAGAUUUAGAUUUACAUUCUGCAGUGCUCAAUGUUAAAAAUAUACUUUUCAUCUUUCAGGUGCUACAAUUUCGGUUAGAAUUUUUAAUUGUUCAGAUAAUAUAAAAUUACUUAUAUUUCAACUUAUCUUGUAUAUAAAAGAAUGAAUAUCAUCUAGAUUUCUCCCUAUCUGAAGCGAGAAAUACUAAACUGUAUAAAAUCAUAGUAAAACUAAAAAAAUGAAAUAAAAUAAAAUAAAAUAAAAAUAAUUUAAAAAAUUGUGAAGAAAAUACAAAUAAAUAAAAUGAAAAUAAACCUUUAGAUAAGUAAUUUUAUUAGCUAAGAUUUAUCCAAUGAAGAUUCUUAAAAAGGAUUAGAACCCACGAUUUUGCUCCAGUUUUAAAUAAUCUUUAGAAUAAUUUUUAAUAUUUGAAAAAAGCAGAAACAAAAAAUAUAUAAAAGAAAUGCAAAUUUGAACUUAAUAUUUCCUUUAUGGUUGCUUUUUUCUAAUUAUUGGACCUCAUUAUUUUUAAUCGGAUCGUAUUUAAGAUUGUAAUAGAUUAUUAUUGUAGCAUAUAUAGAUAUAUUGAAUAUUACUGAAUAGUUUUAUGUUUAGAACUUAUUAUAAUUAACAUAUGGAAGGAAGAAGAGUUAGAUAUUAUUAUAUUAAAGUAAUUAUAUAUAUAUAUAUAUUAAUAAUAUUAAAAAUUAUUCAGAAGAAUGAAUACGAACG